GGGGGAGCGGGGUGCGUCUGGAAGGUGCCAGGGCAGAGCAAGGAGCGGCGGGGUUUUACAGGAGGACGGCUGAGAACUGGGAGCUCCUGAGGGAUACCGGCGCCAACUGGGACGUACUGGGAACGACUGGGAGCUGCGGUGCGUGGGAGACGCCUCUUCCCGCGGGGCGGAACCGAAACGCUGCACUCACCCGGGCUCUUUUUGCUGUUGCACCCGCCAGAGGACGCUUUUCACCGGCGCACUUCCGCUCCAGCACUUCCGCCUUCUUCUGUGGCGACGGAGCGGGCGGUGAGGGGGGACGCGGGCCCCAAACGCCUCCGGGACCCCCGGAACCCUCUCUGGGCAUCGCCCUUUGGUGAUUUUACACCUCCGGAGCCUCGCGGAGCUGCGGCGGGCGCUGAGGCGCAGCCAUGACCCGGCACGGCAAGAACUGCACGGCGGGGGCCGUGUACAGCUACCACGAGAGGAAGAAGGACACAGCGGCCUCGGGCUACGGGACUCAGCGGGUGCGGGUCGGGCGCGACGCCAUCAAGGACUUCGACUGCUGCUGCCUGUCCCUGCAGCCCUGCCGCGACCCCGUGGUCACCCCCGACGGGUUCCUGUACGAGCGCGAGGCCAUCGUGGGGUUCCUGCUGCACCGCAAGGCUCAGAUCGCCCGCGAGACCAAGGUGGGGCUCCCCAAAACCCCCUGGGGGUCCCCGAAACCUCGGGGGGGUCCCCAAAAGCUCUGGGGGUCCCCAAAAGCUCUGGGUUUUGGCAUUUUUCCGUUCGUGUUUAAUCACGGGAAAG